GGGAGGAGUGGUCUGAUUUGAUCUGACAAUCAGCAUCCGGCAGACACUUUGUGCUGCCAGUACAUUUGAGGAUCCAGUCGGGUAACAUAGUGAUCAUGGGGAUACAGAUUUUCAAGAUGGAGGUGAGUUUGUCAUUAGAAAACGGACACUUUUCCUUACAGUAUGAAUGAGGUAUCAGUAAAAAAAGAUGGGUUAUUCACAAAACUUCACCACAACAGAAUGUAUCAUCUACUUUUACCCGCUGUGAAAUUAAUAUUGAAUAGCAUCUAUUCACUCUUUUACUGUAUAUCUUGUUAGCAUUCUAAGUCAAUUCUGAAUUUGCAUCAAUCCAAUCUCUUCUAAAGAUGUAACUUCUUCAGAACACAGGUGAUACAUUUAACAGUAACUCCAUUUUUAGAAAUAACCCCAAAGUUGAGGCUUAUGUUUUAUACAGGUGAACAAUCAAAUCAAAACACAAAAGCAGACAAAAAGAUGAAAUAAAAAAAUAAAAUAAAGAAAUAUCUCAUUUACAUAAAUUAUCUUACCCCUGAGUUAAUACGUGUUAAAAUCCCCUUUGGUAUCAAUUCCAGCUGUGAGUGUUUCUGGGUAAGUCUCUAAGAGCUUUGCACACCUGGAUUGUACAAUAUUUACCUAUUAUUCUUUUCAAAAUUAUUCAAGUUGGUUGUUGAUCAUUGCGAUACAACCAUUUUCAAGUUGUGCCAUAGAUUUUAAUGCAGAUUUAAGUCAAAACUGUAAUUCGGACACUCAGGAAGAUUCACUGUCUUCUUGGUAAGCAACUCCAUUGUAGAUUUGGCCUUGAGCUUUAGGUAAUUGUCCUCUGAAAGGUGAAUUUAUCUCCCAGUGUCUUGUGGAAAGCAAAUUGAACCAGGUAUUUCUCUAGGACUUUGCCUGUGCUUAGCUACAUUCCAUUUAUUUUUCAUCCUGAAAAACUCCUGUCCAUAAAGAUUACAAGCAUACCCAUAACAUGAUGCAGUCACCACUCUGCUUGAAAAUAUGUAGAGUGGUACUAAGUAAUGUGUUCUAUUGGAUUUGUCCCAACAUAACACUUUGUAUUCAGGACAAAAGUACAUUUGCAAACAGGAUGCAUGAUUUUGAAUAUUUGUAUCCUCUAUAGGCUUCCUUCUCUUCACUCUGUCAAUUAGGUUAGUAUUGUGGAGUAAGUGUGGGGUACAAAGACGAGGUAGACAUUAAAAACCAUGUUAAGCACUAUUAUUGCACACUGAGUGAGUCCAUGCAACUUGAUAAGCUAUUUUUCACCCUUUUUUCUUUCCAGUUGUGUCGUGAGUCUCCAAGUGUCUGAGACUGAUGAAGUAGGCUAAUCGCCAUGCCGAUCACUCAUCUGUUGCUGUCUGUUUACAUUGCCACCUUCCUGAUUGGGGUACCUGCCAACAUCCUGGCAUUCUGCACCUUUUGCCAAAAGGUGCGCCGCAAACCUGCCCCCAUCGACAUCCUGCUCCUCAACCUGACCAUCUCCGACCUCAUCUUCCUCGCUUUCCUGCCCUUCAAGAUGAAGGAGGCUGUUGAUGACAUGAACUGGAACCUCCCCUUCUUCUUGUGUCCAGUCACUGGUUUCCUGUUCUACUCCACCAUCUACAACAGCACCCUCCUCCUGACCGCGGUGAGUGUGGAGCGCUACCUUGGUGUGGCCUUCCCUAUCAGAUACGCCCUGUGUCACAGGCCACGCUAUGCUGUGGUGGCCAGUAUCAUAUGUUGGGUGGUGUCAUCACUGAACCUUAGCGUUGUGUACAUUGUGCCCUGCUCCCACUGGAUAUAUAGCAAUGGGACCAUUAUGGACGAUCCCCCGACAACGUGCUACCUAAACUUCACCCAAGGCCAGCUCAGCAUCCUUCUCCCAGUGCGUCUGGAGCUAUUCCUGGUCCUCUUCUGCGUCCCCUUCCUGGUCUGCACCUUCUGCUAUGUCAACUUCAUCCGUAUCCUGUCUCGGCUGCCCAACAUCGGGCGACGGCGGCGCCUGCGGGCCAUUGGGCUGGCACUGGGCACCCUGUUGGUGUUUGCCCUCUGCUUUGGGCCCUACAACGUAUCCCACGUGGUGGGGUUCGUCCGGAAAGACAGCGAGAGUUGGAGGGAUGUAGCGUUGCUCUCCAGUACCCUCAACGCCUGCCUAGACCCCAUCAUCUUCUAUUUCUCCUCGGUGGCUGUCAGGAGCAUGCUCAGUCACUGCUUCAGGAGCUUCGUGGCUACACUACACAUUUUAAAGUGUGAGAGGGGUCAAGUCUGAUAGGGGUCAUCCUCCAAGACUGAUACAUACAGAAAAACAUGCCCUCCUUGAGUGUUUAUGUUCCAAUUAGUCAUGCAUGAAGAUGUAUGUAUGUUCAGUGCAAUUAUGUAUAUUAUAUGUAUUAGGUAUACUCUGUUAUGUUAUGUAACUGUUGGAAAAGAUCAUCUAUGAUGAAUUACGUUCCCUAAAACUGUACCACAAUUAUAGUAUAACCAUUACCCAUACCUCCACAAACCAUAUUUAUAUUUAAUUUAAAAAGUCAUGAAUAAAUCGAUCAUCCGUAUUACUUAAAUAGUUUAUAUUACAGUACAUGUGCUCUAACCAGUAGGUUACAUCCAAUAAAAAUUAUAGGUGGGUGUGAAAGAUGUCCAAUUUUGAGUUAAUUUUGUGUAACAAGCAUGUAAAUAGGAUGUGCAAACAUGGGGAGAUUAUACAGCCCUGAGUCACAGUGUCUCAUGCUCGUCUUUCCGUUGCUAGGAACUGUAAACAAAUCGACAACCGCUCUCUUUUGUGCCGGUCUUGAUAAAUACAGAUAACUGCUCUUUAUAGUGUCCUGUGAACUAGUUAUGUUAAUUAUUAGUUUACAAAUUGUACACCCAGUAACAUUAUAGAUUCAAUGGGAUUGAAUUCAGAGGGAAUUAUAUGAGUGCCUUGUUUGACAAGGCAGAUUGGCAAUUAGGGCUGACCCCAUUUAGUCGACUGGUCAGUUGUUUGGUCGAUAGGCCAAAAAACUUUUUUUUUUUAUGCCACACGAGACACCUGCCUGUUUCGUGCCUGUCUCAGUGGAUUAAUCCAUUGCGGAGGCCGCAGGGAUGGCACAGUCCAUCACUCUAAGACACAUAUGUGCUACAGUGGAGGCUUGUGGGAGGAGCUAUAUGAGGACAGGCUCAUUGUCGUGGCCGGAAUGGAAAAAAUGGAACGGAGUCAAAAAUGUGGUUUCCAUAUAUUUGUGUUUGAUACCGUUCCAUUUAUUCCAUUCCAGCCAUUACAAUGAGCCUGACCUCCUAUAGCUCUUCCCACCAGCCUCCACUGAUGUGCUACUGAAAUUGUACCUGGUAAUAUUAUGUCAGAACAAUGGUGCAACACUAAUAACUAAUAUUUUAUAACAAAUCUGAUUUCCUGAAGUGUAUGUUUAUUACUAUUAACAUAUAAUGCCAGACAUCCCCUUUCAUCUCACUGUGUAUCCGCCUGAGUUUUUUGCAGACGGCACAUUUGUAGCCUAAGACUUCUUCUGGUUAUCUUGGUCUCAAGCUCCUUGAGUUGGUCAUCAAAGAUUAUUUUCAGUCGGUGACAGCUCUAUUGGCAAUACAAGACAAAUCAGCUACAAGCUCCAAAUUCCACAGCAACUACAUUAAGUAUACCAUAACUUAAGGUAACAUUUUGACAUUCGCCAUAUGGUUAGUGAGAAAGUCCAUAUUGCAAAUGUACGGUCCCUUACUAGACGUCCAAAAAUGUUUCUAAAAACGGCGUCGGGCCUGCAGCACGAACUCUCUCAGACAUUCGGUUUCCGUUUUAUAAAAUAAUCCUAUUUUGGUCAUUUUUCCGCUGUCCCGGUAAAUCCCACAAGAGGGCAUAAGCAAUCAUAUUGCAAAUGUACAAAACAUCACGAAUCACGACGUGGCCUUAUCUCCAAAACUGAAAAUAUUUCGAAGCCGAAACUUGGUGAGCGUAGGUUUGGCAUAAUGGGCAGUUGGCCCCGAACAAGAUGGCGUCUAGGCCUCAACGGUUUUUGAGUUAUGGCCAUUUUUCUGGGAUUACAGGUCCAAAAUGAAAAUAUCAAGGAGCCUCCGGUGUCAAUAAAAAAAGAACCAGCCAUUUAUCUAUCGUCAUUUAAGAGAAAUCGUACAAUGUUCAAAAAUAGUUUUUUUUAAAAACAGUUACAGAUCCAGUUUUAGGGUGUUCAUACGAAUCUUUUUAAAAUGUGCUGUGGAGCUCUGUGAGAUUUCUGUGAUUUUCUGAAAUGUGCCUCGACACAAUCCUGUCUCGAAGCUCUACGGACAAUUCCUUCGGCCUCAUGGCUUGGUUUUUGCUCUGACAACUGUGGGGCCUUAUAUAGACAGGUGUGCCUGCCUUAAUCAUGUCCAAUCAAUUUAAUUUACCACAGGUGGACUCCAAGUUGUAGAAACAUCUCAUGGAUGAUCAAUGGAAACAGGAUGCACCUGAGCUCAAUUUCGAGUAUCAUAGCAAAGGGUCUGAAUACUUGUGUAAUUAAGGUAUUACUUUUUUAUUUUUUAUAAAUUGGCACAAAAUAAAGGCUUUUCUAUUAUGGGGCAUUGUGUGUAGAUUGAUGAGGAUACAUGUUUUUAUUUAAUCCAUUUUAGAAUAAGGUUGUAACAUAACAAAAUGUGGAAAAGGGGAAGGGGUCUGAAUACUUUCCGAAUGCACUGUAUAUGUGUGCACCUGUUGUUUGAGUAGCUGGUUGUCCGCCUGAACUCUCAACACCUCUUUGAAGUGGUCCUGCAGUCGCUGGCCUCAGCUCCCAAAAGUAGUCACACACUUUCGAUAAGAUCCCUCCUUUCUUCUAAAGAGACGAGGUCGCACAUGAUUUCGCACAAUCUGCCAUUGUGGGUGAGUUUCUCAGACACCGAUUAAGCCUACUUC